AUGGCAUUCACCCCAGGAUCCGUCCGCGACGUGGCCAUCACCUCGCCGUUUUGGUCUCAGAUGCAAGCCUGCUCCCGGAACAACACCAUCCCGGCCAUUAUCAAAGCCCAGAAAGAGACGGGACACUGGUACUGCCUCACAUGGAAAGAAGGCCACCCGGUGAAACCACAUGCUUUCUGGGACUCGGAUGUCUACAAGGUGACGGAGGCAGCCUGUUACUUCCUCAUGACACAUGAGGAUGCGGAGCUACGCGCGGAGGUCGAAGCGGCUGUGGACAUGAUUCGCAAUGCGCAGCAUCCCGACGGGUACAUCAACUCCUACUACACCGUACGCGGGAUUCAGAACCGCUGGACGAACGUCCGCGACAUGCACGAGCUGUACUGCAUCGGCCAUCUCAUCGAGGCGUGUGUCGCAUACGAGACGCUAACGGGCAGCGGCCGUCUCCUGGAGCCAGUCAUGAAGGCCAUCCGUCACGUCGACUCCGUGUUCGGUCCCGAGGAGGGCAAAAAGCACGGGUACCCCGGACACCAGGAGAUUGAGAUCGGACUGCUGCGGCUGAACGAGCUUACCGGGGACGCGCUCCUGCUGAAGCUGGCCGAAUAUUUCAUUCUGGAACGUGGCAAACGCGACGCGCAGGGCGAGAGCUUCUACGACCACGAAGCGAAAGCGCGAGGAGCAGACCCGUAUGACGGCAUGGGCACGGAAAUGAGAGCGACGUACCGGUUCCCGCGCGAUUAUUCCUACCACCAGGCGCACAAACCACUCGUCGAACAGGAUGAGAUCAUGGGCCACUCCGUGCGCGCGGUCUACUACAUGACCGCGGCGACGGACUACGCGCGGCUGACGGGGAACCGCGCUGUGCAGGGGGCCGUUGACCGGCUUUGGAGAGAUACCGUCGACACGAAGAUCUACGUGACUGGCGGGCUCGGUGCCAUGAGACAAUGGGAAGGGUUCGGGCCGCGUUACUUUAUGGGCGAUGCGGAGGAAGGACACACCUGCUAUGCGGAAACGUGUGCGUCCUUCGGCCUGAUCAACUGGUGUUCGCGCAUGCUGCGGUUGAAGCUCCACAGUGAGUACGCCGAUGUGAUGGAGACGGCGCUCUACAACGGGUUCCUCGGGGCUGUUGGUCUCGACGGAAAGUCGUUCUACUAUGAAAACCCGCUGACGACAUACACGGGGCAUCCGAAGCCGCGGUCGACGUGGUUCGAGGUGGCGUGCUGCCCGCCUAACGUGGGGAAGUUACUGGGUUCGCUGGGGUCGCUGAUUUACUCGUACCUGGAGAGUGACGAUAUUGUGGCGGUCCAUUUGUGGAUCGCGAGUGAGUUUACGGGCCCCAACUCUGGGACGGUCGUGUCUCAGAAGACGAAUAUGCCCUGGUCCGGCAAGGUUGAGCUCGCUGUGCGGGGCCCCAAGGCCGUGAAGCUGGCCCUUCGUAUUCCGAACUGGGCCAUUUCAGGAUAUACCUGCUCCGUGGCUGGAGGAGAGAUGCGAGACGGUUAUUUGUACCUCCCUGCGGUGCAGGAUUCGACUGUCGAGCUUGACUUCCCCAUCGAACCGCGCAAGGUGUACGCCAAUCCUCUCACUGGGAAGAACGAGGUGGCGAUCAUGCUGGGCCCCUUGGUCUACUGCAUCGAAGACGUCGAUAACGAGUCUGUCGAUGUGGAUUAUGUUGCGUUGACGGACGGACCGGUUGGCAAGGGGCCUCCGAAGAAGAUUGCCACGGUGGAAGAUGUCAUUCCGCUUCACACGCCUGGCAAAGUGCUCGUCAACAAGCAGUGGUCCAGUCUGUACGGGUCGUCUCCGUGGCAAUGGAGUAGCGAGACGGUCGAUAUGGUUCUCGUGCCGUACUUCUUACGAAUGAAUCGAGGUGGAAACGGGGGAAUGAGGGUAUGGAAUAGGAGGGUGUGA